UUCGAAAGAAUAAAAAAGGCAAAAUGAUAACAAACAGCGAAAGGAGGAAAGAAAACCAGGAGAGGAACAGCAAGGGCAGAGAGAAAGAGGAGAGAAGAAAGAAAGUGAUCAAACAAAUCCAAAAACACCAAAAAAAUGGAGAAGAAGACCCAACAACUACAACACUAACAAUCACAAUCCCCUCCAACCCCAAUCCCUCAAGGAGGUGGUAGAAGAAGGAGAGAGAAAACAGAGCCCCCUCAUCACAGGCCCUUCUUCAAUCUUCAUCUCUACCUACCAUCUCCUUUUCUUCUUUUUUCUUUUUCUUUCUUGUUUUCUUUUUCCCAUGCGGCGAGGAGGCAGAGCCACCGCAGCAGCAGCAGCAGCCGCAGGAGGAGCAGGAGCCCAAUUAUGCAAUCCCAAACCCAAGCCCACGGGGGCCCAAGAAAUCCGGUUCCGCGGCGUGCGGAAGCGGCCGUGGGGCCGAUUCGCCGCCGAGAUCAGAGACCCCUGGAAAAAGACUCGGGUCUGGCUCGGAACUUUCGACUCGGCGGAGGACGCGGCUCGAGCCUACGAUGCCGCAGCCCGAUCUCUCCGCGGGCCCAAGGCCAAGACCAACUUCCCUCCCCCCACCUCCGCCGCGGAUUACGACAUCAACAAUAACCACCGCCUCCCUCCUCAUCAUCCUUCUCUCUACGACGACGACACGGUUUGCGAUGUCGUUCAGGCAAGCAGGCCCACCUCCAGCAGCCUCAGCAGCACCGUCGAGUCUUUCAGUGGGCCCCGCCCCCAGCCCAGGCCCACCUCCGAUGCUCAGUUGCAGCGGAGAUCCGUGCACCCUGUCCCACCCGAUGACUGCCACAGCGACUGCGACUCCUCAUCCUCCGUCGUAGACGACGGCGAUGAUUGCGUCCUGACGUCGUCGUUUCGGAGAGUCUCGCCUUUGCCGUUCGAUCUCAACCUGCCGCCGCCCCCGAUGAUGGACGGCCUCGAUUUAUUCAAAUCCGGUGAGGUUUGUGGUGAUGAUCAUGAUCUUCAAGCCACCGCGUUGUGCCUCUAAUUACCGUAUGGAUCUCCAUAAUGGUCCCCCCCACUUUUUCCUUUCUUCUUUCGUUUUUUUUCUGUCUGCCCUUAUUUUCUCGGGAAAAUCAUUAUAAAAAAAAAAGAAGUAAAUCUGGUACUUGGUGAUUGAGAAGAAGAAUUUGAGUAUUUUUUUUCUUCUUGUUUUGUUUUAAUUCUACGUUGUUAGAAUAUUAUGGUGUAGAAAUAGCAUCUGGGUUUUCUUCUUCAACUUUGAUGGGUUUUGGAGGAAUCUUCUGUGUAUUGUUGAAGCUAAUAUUAGAUCUUGUUUACCCAGCACUAGAUCAAGAUCUGAUCUGGGUUUUUGCCUCUUCAUCAGAUUCUCAAUACCCAUCUUUGUUUUUUUUUCCCUUUUGUGUACAGAACAUUAUCUGAAUUUAGAAAAGGGCUCUAUUUUAUUAAAAGGAAA